AUGGCAACCCCAAGUCAAAUAAUGUCUUCAAAGGCGCAGCAGAAUAGUUGUCGUCUUUUUCGUCUGCAAAUGCUGAUUAUAGACGGAGGACUACUUAUACUUAGGAAUAUGUUCAAUCAAAAAAUGCAAAAUGUCCCUCUUGUCGCAUUUUUGAAGAAUGAAAGACAAACAAUUACAAACUUAAGAACACGCGGGAUAAUUACGCAGGUACAAUAUGAUCUACUGUUUCCAUCAGGUGGCAGCGGUCCAGCUACAACAGACCUAGACAUCACGUUAAUCAUAUGUCUCCUUAGAAACAUCAAGUCAUUCGGGCUAAACAAGAACUUUCAAUGGAACUCAAUUCCUGCACAAGGUGAUACCUCAGUUGAGGCUGAUAUUUCCCGUCUGAAAAUGUACAGGAACGAGCUCAGUCACAUAUCUUCAACAAGUGGAAUAACACUGCCUGUCUUUACAACAAAGUGGACGGAGAUCGAACAGGUUCUUUUGAGGUUGAACUCGGCGGUGUCUCCCAUACCACACCUACAACAGAUGAUUGAUGACUUUAAAGUUAAUCCACUCGAUCCGGAGGCGGAGAGAAGGGUUCAGAAGGCCAUAGACAGCUGGCAAAUGUUAGAAAAGGGGGUAGAAGCUGAUUUAAAAUUGAUGAAAAUGGAGGACGAAAAGAUAAAAUGUACUCUGAAUGUGCAAAGUCAAACUGUGAGAAAGCAUGCACAGAGUAUUGAUGAAUUAAACAAGAAAACGUCUGAACAUGAUAAACAAAUACAUGACCAUACUAAACAAAUACAGGAAUUAAAGGAAGAAACUAGAAAAGAUGUCACAGCAGAGACAGAAUCAAUGCGACAGUCUCAAUAUGAAGAGUCGAAAACAA